AUGGGAGAUAAUUUAGCAGCCUUCUUUGCUGAUCGUGUUUCUCAGUCACAAACUACGCCUGUAAAAUCUUAUAGUGCUCCUACUACACCUAUAUCUGGUGACCCUCUGGACGGUGGUUUGAAAAAACUGGGGAAAACAAAUGGGAAUGGACAAGAUGACAUGGGACCAACUGUUUCUAUGGCAGUUCACGCUAAUGAUGACGAUUCUUUCCACAAAUCUACUUUUAAUUUAAAGAGAACUAGAUCUAUGGGAUUAUUAGAUGAGUAUAUUGACCCCACUAGAAAAUUACUAGGAAGAAAUGAUAAUGAAAAUCAUCGUAUUAACCAUGGCAGCAAAAAUAUUCCUCUGAAUGAAACUACUGUUCGUGCACGUCAAGUUGGUGAAGAUGAAGACGAAGAUCAAGCUGAUGAUGAAGGAGCGGAAGAUAAUGACGUAGAAGAUGAAGAUAUUGAUGAGGAUGAAUAUUUUGACGACAAUAGGAACGGUAGGAGGGUGGAAAGGACCGAAAGUGAAUGGGACGAUGCUAAUAGAUCGAUGUCAGUCUCUCCCCCACCUGCAGAUGAUGCUAGUAUCUUGUUACCACAAGAUGAUAACGAUUUGAUGAGAGAACCUGAAAGACAUGUUGAUUAUUUGUCACACGAGUGGAAUGAAUCGGAUAUUUCCAAUUCUUGGAAAUACAUCAUUUUGAAGAAAAAGAAGAAAUCAUCUAUUGAUCAAGUUAAUGCGGCAAGAUUAGAGAAUGCAUCUUGGAGAACCUGGGCAAAGGCAAGAAAUCAUUUAAGGACCGUUUCACCAGAAAUUGUUAAUUGGUCGAAGGAUUCUGAUGUUACCUGGUUGUACGGUCCAAUUGUCAGGGAAAGUGAUAAUCACGAUAAAGAUGUUGAAAUGGGGUAUGGUUCGGACGACGAAACUUCAAAGAGGAUGAGUACGCCAAGAAAGAAACAGAAGGAUUCUCAUGCUCCUAAACCAAUUUUGAAGAAGAGAACUGUACAAGAAAUUUUAAAGGAUAAUUCCCUUUGGAAACUAAGUGAAGCUAGAAAGCACAAACAUGAAGGUAGACAUUCUACUUCGGCAGCAGAUACUAGUGAUAUCAUGUACGAGCCACACGAUGCUUACGAUGAUUACGAUGCAUUGGCAGCUAAAGUAAAUGCUCAGUACUAUGGUCCUAAGAAAACAAAUUCUGGUGCUGAAUUUAAUAGUGGUGAUGGUCAUAAUAAAAGUGUUGAUGGUAGCAGUGACAAACCUACCCACACUACUACAACAGGUAGUAGUGAAACAGUACCGCAGGCGGAGGAUCCGUUAGCAUCUUCUGUUGGAGGUGAGGGUUCAAACGACAAGGCUUUAAAGACGAUCUUAACGUCUUCAAAUAAUGAUGGGACUGGUUCCAAAUCAAGGCCUGGUAGGGACAGACAUAUCCAUUUCAAUGAUCGUGUAGAACAAUGUAUGGCGAUAGCAGAUCCAGAUUUUGAUAGCGAUUUUAUUGAUAAUGAAUCGGAUCAAGGUGAUGAGGAUGCUGAUUCAUAUGGUUCAACAAGCAUUAUUGGUGACCGUAGUGGUGAAACCUUAGCACAAGCGGCAAAUUUUGGUAGAACCAGCGGAGAUUCAGCUACUUCAUCUUCUGAUGAUGGAGAUGCGGAUGAAGACGAUGAGGAUAAUUCAGGAUUAUUUAUUAGUCCAGCAAUGCCACGUAGAACUGACUCAGCUACACAUUCUCCAAUUACAGAUAAUUCAUCUACGGGUUCUAUGAAAAAUUCAAAACUUUCCUUAAAUCCGAUUAUUAAACUGCUACCAGCAACUACAUUAAAUCACGGAUCUGACGAUGAAGCUUCUGAUGACAGCGAUUAUAAUGGCUAUGGUAGUUCUGUUUCCCAUAACGUUAACACAUAUCGGGGUUACGAUUACAUGUAUGAUUACAACUCCGUGUACACGGGAGAUACUUCAAGUUUCUUACCCGUGGAAAAUUGUGAUGUUGUUGAUGUUCCUGAAGGUAUUGGCCUUCACAGUGCGAUUGCUGGUGACAACGCGUCUACUUAUGAAUUCAACCAUGCUGCCUUAUCAGACUUAGAUCACGAAGUGCAGGCUGAUGAGCAACAACAUAAAAUUCACGAACAACCACAAGCAGCAACACAACAAGAACCGAACACUCCUUCCUUAUUAAACAAUGAUUUUGAUAAUUCUGGAUUUGAUAGUGACGAACAAUUCAUAGAAGAUAGUCAGUAUCAUAGUAGUGAUGACGAUGAAGAUGAAGAAGAAGAUUUGGGAUUAAAAAGAGCUGUAUCAAUGGGUAGAAGUAGUAGUUCUAGUUCGCUAAAAGAUUUAUCAAAUCCACAACCGUUAAACACAAUCAACCCACAAUCAAGAACUUGUAGUUUCAUCUCAGGUAAACCACUAAACUAUGCACCAUCUUUACCAGAGGAUAAUUCUAAUUUCAUCGAUGUUAAUGACAAUUACGACAACGGUAAUCAUAAAAACUUUGACACCACGAGUAAUAGUGAUGACGAUAAUAGUAAAUUCGAUAACAAGAACAGUGUUAUUAGUAGUGAUGGAGAUAAUCAAAGACAGAAAAGUUCUCACAUGCCCCUAAAGCGAGCUCCAUCUUCACCAUUUAUCUUCAACUCGGAAAGUGAAGAUGAAGAUGAAGACGAUGAGGCAGAUGAAGAAGACGAUCAUAAUAUUAUAAGUUGUAGUCCUAAAGGUCCCAAUCUUCAACAUCACCAAGAAAUUGGUGAUUCACCAAAAUUCUCACUACAAUCUCAUUCUAAAACUGCACCGCCUCAAAGUUCUGUGAUCUUACCAACUAGCGGUAAGUCUGCAACUGCUUCAGGGCCUCAAUUAUCCGAUUUAUCCAAAAGUAUUAGAAUUAAGAAUUCGCUAUCACCAGCAGAAGUCGGAGCUAGUGAUGUAGCUAUCACCGGUAGUUUUUCACCUGUGAAUGAGUCGAUAAAAUCCGUGGUUACAAAUGAAGGGAUUAUCGGUAGGGGCGCAUCAUCACCGUUUACUAAUAAUCAAAACACUCAUAAUAACAAUGAGAUUAGAGAUGUAAACAGAAACUUACAAGACUGUCAUAUUGAUGAAAAUAGAUCCAAUGGAGUUGGUGAGCAACGAGACUCCAGUGAAAGUGUACAAAAGAUGAUGCAAAAUGCAAGGGAAAUUGCAAACAAAUAUUUACAUUCGUGGAGAAAAGGAGACGGGAAUUCACAAGGCACAAAAUCAGAUAACAAGAAUUCAGGAACAGAUUAA